UUUUUUCUGUUCCCCUAAUCUUGGCUGGCCAGAGCCCAACUCUUGUGGGCUAAUGCACGGCAGCUCCUCAGCCUCCACCCAGGCUUCCGGACUGGAUGGACACUAGGGAUAAAACAGGCCUGGAGAGUCUCAGGAGCACUGCUCUGCACAACGCCGGCUCGGACUGCCCUCGAACUCUGGUCUCCGGUUGGCACCUCGGCAACAUGAGCCUCAGAAUGGGUUCCUGUGCCUUCCCCAUCCCCGGGCUGCUGCUUCUAGGACUGCUGCUCCUUCCAGCUGUGGUUGCCAGAACAAGCGCAGAACCUGAAGAAGGAGAGGGGGACCUGCAGUGCAUGUGUGUGAACACCACCUCGCGAGUCCAUCCCAAGCACAUCAUCAGCCUGGAGGUGAUCCGAGCUGGACCCCACUGCCCCACCUCCCAAAUGAUAGCCACGCUGAAGAAAGGGAAGAAAAUUUGCCUGGACCCUCAUGCCCCCAUAUACAGGAGAAUAAUCCAGAAACUUGCUGGAAGUAAACCACUAGCAGACUGAACCUGCACAUUUACCGUAUAGUGCAUUUUGCUUCCUCCCCUCCAUUUUCAAUUUAUCUGUGGAAAAAAUCUGACGUUUUACUAUCCUUCAAAUUCUAAAUAAAGAAAAUCAACUGCAUUAUGGUAGAGUCAAAAUAUUUCCUAAUUGAGCUAAGUAUCAUAGUAUUACAUAAGAAAAAAUUCUCCAGAAUUUUAAGCAAAAAUAUUUAGGAAGACUUGGUUUAAUAAACACUGGUUUUGCUUGGUGUUGU